AUGCCGCCUCCGCAUCGUGCACAAUUGGCUCUGGAGCGAAAAGUAAUAAAGCGUGUUCGUGUGGGCUGGUCGACAUCACGGCGCAUGGCCAAAGUCUGGGUCCCUGGCCAAGCGCGACCAAUGGCGCUGCCCGCCCGCGGCCUGGGUCUCGUGAGGCUGGACCCUGCAGCGCCGCAGCGGCCGUUGUUUGCUCGCAACCAGCUCCGCUCCGUGGCCCCCGACAGAAAGCUUGUUGCGGUUCGCAGACAAGACUCCCGGAAUGCUUCGACGGCGUCCCAACAGCAGCAGCCAGUGGAGCGGACGUUGGCUUCAGACGUGCUACGUGGAGGCUCCUGGUCGUCUGUCAAGCCAGCUUAUCUUGCAUCUCCAGCCUUGCCUGGCGAAGAACAAGAAAGACCAAGGAAUCCCGCACCCCUCCCGAUGUCGGCCGCCGUCGUCCACCCACCACGACGGAGAGGCAGCCGCGACCCAAGAAGACGAAAGACGCAACCGGCUGCCAUUGGGCCAGUCACCGCCACGAGUGGUCAGCAGGAAGCAUCACAAGAGCCCCCGACACUGCCUGGCAACUUCCCGCGCAAAAAGACGGUCAAGGAAGCAACCACCGCCCCCACCACGACGCCGCGCACCUCCUUCCGCACGGGGCACACCACGCUGCCACUCUGCUUUGCGGUCUUGUGCCCGCCGGAAGCCGCUGUGCUGGCCUAUGACGACACGCCGUCCUUUCAGCCCAGACUUUCAAACUGUAGAUGCAGGCCACGAGUCAAGCGGGCUGCUCAUUGUCUGUCGUCUCUUACCUCCGCGGCACUGAAUGCAUACCGCAAGGUGGGAACCAAGAGCGAGAGCGUACCACCGCGUUGA